GAUUGACUGAUUGAUGCGAGUAUACCGUUUAUACAACUAUUGCAAUUGUGUCAUCUGGAACUUAAUACAACAACUACUACAACGCCGACAAUACCUCUAGCUAAACAAAGAGAAACAAAAAAAAAAAAUGCAAAAAAAAUUUUAAAUAAAAAAAUAUUAUGUGCAAUUGUUUUUCCCAUUCGGUUGAGACCAAUAAAUGCUUGACCAUAAAAUACAUGAAUCGCGUCAAUAAGAAUGAGGGAAAAAUAGUUCCUCUUGCCAUUAAAUAAAUCGAUCAAUACAUUUUAUUGUACAGCAUCAUAAAUAUUUGAAAUAAUGUCACAUAAGUAUCGUACUCAUCUCAUAAGAAUUGCUGCAACGUUUUUCCUAUUAACGGCAGCCAAUGCUUUACAAUACACGUCUAAUAUGUUUUUAAAUGGUGAUUAUGAAAACGGACUUGCCAAGCGCCAAGAUAGCAAUAAUAAGGCUGUGAACGAUUAUAGACCUGGACAAGCUGCAGCCUUGGCUUCUUUGCUUAGUAAGCGUGCCACACCGUUUGUAGGUCAAAUGUAUUUACCUACAUUACUGGAAUGCAAAAGGCCGCAACAAUGCGUGCCCAAAGAUCAAUGCAUCAAUGGCUAUUUUAGGCGACAAUUGCCAAACAUUCAGAACUGUGAACCUGAGGUUAAUGUAUGCUGCACAUAUCAACCUCCUCCAACACCGUCUACCACGGCUGCUACCACUACUACGCAAAAGCGCUUCAUCACCUGUACUGCGAACACGGCCUGUGUAUAUGAUCAGGAUUGUCGCAACGGCGAGAUUCUUAGCAAUGUUGUCGUCAAUUUAGAAGUAAAGAAAUGUUAUGAGCCCAAAGUGUGUUGCGGUAUCCCGUCCACUAUGUUAACUGAAGAUGGCUACGUUUUAAAAACCCCACCCAGUCCUUUUACUUAUCCAGCUCCAUCUCCAUUUAAGCCAACUACUCCAGUGAAUAAUCAGUAUCUACCUCCUGGAAGGCCUACUCCCUCUACACCCGCUGAUCAAUCACAACCUAUUGUACCUAUAACAACUUCAAGACAACCGCAACCGACCCCUGCUGAUAGACAAACUCAAUCUACCCGAACACAAACGCAAACCACGAGGCAGGAUAGACCUACCGCUAAACCUCAAAGCAGUACAAGAGCAACGACGACUAAGCCUCUGCCUAGCAUUACAAGAACGUCAAUAUCAUCAACGAGUCCACCAAAGUAUUUGCCUCCUUCGUAUAGUCCUCAACAGAGAGGCAAUGAUAUAAAUGAACGCGAUCGCGACAUUCAGUCGACAAAUCAAGAUAAAGUCGUUUUACGCGGUGAAGAUCAAUUAUCGCCUCAAAUAUUUCCAACAAAUAAAUUCGGUGAUCAAUUCGGUGGAGCAACUCCGGCGGUUAAAUGCGCUUCCGCUUUGGUGUGCACUGCCGAGAAUUAUUGCAACUCAAUCGGCGUUAUUAGCGAAACGCCCGUAGAAAUUUCAUCUUUCCGUGUGCCCCUUACUGACUGCCUUAUUGAAGGGACCGGAGCUGCUGGAAAAUGUUGCCGGGAUCCUAACUAUGUCGAUCCGUGGCCGGUGAAUUUGGCUGGUGUAUGCGCUCAAAGAAACACGAAUACAAAGCCCAGAGGAGUUAGGGAUAUUGACGCAAGCUUUGCGGAGAUAGGUUGGCAGGCGAUGAUUUUAAAGGAAUCAACAAAGAUGCUUUUAUGCGGUGGUGCCAUCAUUGGUGAUGCAGUUGUCUUGACCACAGCAUCUUGCGUUCGCAAUGAGGCAGUAAAUGACGUUCGCGUCAAGGCAGGCGAAUGGGAGUUGGGAAGCACCAAUGAGCCUUUACCCUUUCAAUUGGUCGCGGUGAAAGCAAUAGAAAUCCAUCCCAAUUAUGAUGCUAAUAGUGGAUCCAAUGAUAUGGCUGUGGUGCAUCUAUCAGAGCGUUUACAAUUCGCUACACACAUUCAACCUAUAUGCAUUAGCGACAAAGAUCCCAGUUCUUCUGAAACUUGCAUUACAACAGGAUGGGGAAAGCAAGCCUUGAGCAUCCACGAAGAAGGCGCAGUCAUGCAUGUAACCAUCACGAAUCCAGUGUCACGUAGUGAAUGCGGGGCGGACGAAAGCGCGGUUUGCAGCACCACCAAAUUUGACUCUUGCCAAUUUGAUGCUGGUAGCGCUCUGGCAUGCGGAACCGGUUCUAACGUUCAACUGAAAGGCAUCUAUGGAAUUGAAAAUGCUUGCGGAGAAGGACAAGCGGUACGAUUCAUUAAACCCGACGUAGCUUGGGUGAAUAAACAAUUCAUGGAGAGAAGUAAACCGCUCUUGCUGCGAUCUUAAGUUUAACAUUAAUCCUAACUAUUUUUGCGCAUACAAUAUCACAUCAUUCGAAAGUGGGUUAAAAAAAAAAAAGAAGAAAAAACCUGCUGAGAAUUCCUUUUGCAUCUAUAAAAUUAGAGCUGUUGGAAAAUAAGGCAAACAAUCCGCAUCAAUUCCUUUCCUGCUGCUGCAGUUUCUCCUCAAGUUCUAGUAGGUCCGCAUUUGACUUCUAACUUAAAUAAUUCCUUUGAAAUUCUCAGGGCUUUUUUGUACAUUUCCACAUUUAUCAUAAUACACUAAACAUCUACUUCUUGCUAUAGUGGAAGAUAUACAAAAGGCGACUUGAAUUUAUAUACGCGUCAAAUUUUUCCCUACCGCUUUCUUUUUAUCUUUAUUCGCAUCUCAUAAAUCUGUACUAUAUAUAUAUUUAUAUAUAUAUAUAGACAGACGUGAAUUUUUUAUGAAAGAAAACAAAAAAAAAAAACGUUCUUAAUGUUAAGCGGAUGAUGAUUUUAAUCAAUCCAACUUAAGCGAUUUUAUUUGAGAUUAUUUUUUCUUUGAUUUUUUUAACGAUUUCUCACCUAUACCUGUACGCAUUUUCUGUUAUCUAAUUACGAAAAAA